AUGGCGCUCGCACAGAGGUCCAGCGCAGACGAGACAUGGCACGAUGGCGUCUCUGUCAUCAGUCCGCCCGCGAACUUCGUCCGAGAGCUCUCUGGCAUCGACCCGAUGAUUACGUCCCACUUGGCACAGCAGUUCCUUUCAACCGCCUUCGACAACGUCGGGAAUCCUCUCCCAGGAGUGAAUUCUUCGGACUGGCAAAUAAAUUUCACUGGGUUCAACAAGAGUAUCACGAAACCGCAGUUCCAGUUCCAAUAUAAUGGCAUAGGUGUCGACUUUACCACCAGAGUGUUCGGCGCCUCGGAGUCGUCGCUCUUGUCUGAUCUCGUGACGACGUUUAGAACGGACACCACGCCAUCGAAGAGCGUCGAAGCUGAUACACGCUGGAUCGCUUCCACGCGAAUGACAGUGGUGACCAAUAUGACGGAAGCUCCACAAGCUACUUGGCACGCACUCAUCCGCUUUCCUCCCUCGAUGUGGUUGACAAUCGAUUCCAUCUCUGUCUACUACAAGCUCCCUCUCUCACCGGAUGAAAAACUGACUAUGACUGAGUACGAUCCGGGCUCCGGUGAGACCGGUGACGACAACCCCGUUAUUACUCCCGUAUCGGUGAAUGGGAGUAGCGAGCCCUGGCUAUCUAAUGCCUUGUCGGGGACACGCGAUCCACUCAUGGGCAACUUCACCGACGACCUCGAGGAGCUGACGAAGUCGACGGGACACGUCGUGACCCUCCCUCAGAAUAUCUCUUUCGUGUCCGUUCUAGGCACUCGCUACCUCCAGCCCGGUUACGGGGGAGAGUGCCGCAUCGUUUUCGAUCCCCCACUGGAUUCAGGAUGGGGUCCCAACGGUGGGAUAAAGCCACCGUACAUGAGUUUCCAUACUGGAAAUCCUAAGGGCGUCAACAUCUCCUACGCGAUGGAUUGGAAGCAGCCUGUCGAUCAGAUCCCGAGAACUGGCAGUCCUCAGCCCAACAACGGAACGGACCGCGUUAAAUUCGUGCACCUACUUGACUGGCAGCUGGAUCCCGAAAUACGUUACAAGUUCGCCAUCGUCAAUGGGACAAGGGGAACUGCCAAUGAAACACGUCCGGACCUCCCGACCACCUGUACUUUCGACAGCAUCCAGUUAUGGAAAGCUGGCCCCAUCAAGCCGGAGAAUGCAAGCACAGCUGCCACAGGCGGUGAUGCGUCUACGACAUCUACCGCUGCCUCAGACGAUGCAGAGGCUGCUAGUGCGGCGGCGAUCUCUGGUCGCAAGGGGUUGAGCGGCGGCGCAAUCGCAGGCAUAGUGGUUGGCGUUGUGCUCGGUCUCCUCGCACUUGUCGCCCUAGCGAUAUGGGCCAUUCGGCGCCGACGCCGAAGGCGGGACCACUCCGAAGUUCUGGACGAGAAGAUACAAGACGACACUGCAGUGUCGCCGUACGUCGCCCCAACUGGCGAUGGUACCAUCGAGGACAACAUGAGUGGUAUCGAAGCCGACAGCAAGGCGCCACGGGCCCCACCCGACGGUGCCCAACGACAACGGAUAGUGCAUCACGAGGAGGACGCUGGCUCCCUGUCCGACGACGAUAUCGACGUCGACAUUCUCCCACCAGUGUACCGCGAGGAGUGGAACGAGCCUGGCAGUCGCAACCGCCGGAGGCGACCGACCGGACCAAGGCCGAGCAGGACGCCAAGUCUCUCGAGGAGACAGGACAUCACGUCCGAGGAGAUCAAGUACCUCGGUCCACCGGUCACGACCCCCACACCGAGUUCCAACCAGGCGCAUCAUGGCGACUUCACGACCGAAGAGCUCAAGUAUCUCGGCCACCCGGGCGGCGCGAGCUCACCGGGCAUCUCGUCAGAGGAGGCAAGCGGGGCGGAGACGACGGAGCACCUGUUGAAGGACAACAGCGACCCUCGGCUGGCGGACCGGUCUUCUCCGUCCUCGGACGAGAAGCCGCAGCCGCAGCAGCCUCUGUCCCGGCAGCAGAAGGGGAAGGGUGUCAUGGAUGGGGAGAAGAGUCCUCUGUCGUAG